AUGUCUUUUCAGGCGAUUAUCCUAUGUGGUCCUGGAUCAUCAUUUCCGACCUUCACAGCCAAUCCAGAUGAAACCCCAAAGGCUCUUCUCCCCAUUGCCAACCGGCCUAUGGUAUGGUACCCGCUCGAGUUCUGCUAUCGGAUGGGCGUCACAAAUAUAACUUUAAUAACACCACCAUCUUCUGCGCCAGCUAUUACCAUAGCUUUAAAUACCAAUCCCCAUCUCACUGGCCUACCUCUCCCAAAGCCAGAUCUCUUAGCGCCGAAAGACCUAGACAACACCACCGGAACGGCAGAAAUCUUCCGAUUACCAGAAGUACGAGAUGUUGUCAAAGGAGACUUCAUUAUUCUACCGUGUGACUUGGUGUGUGAGCUUGGAGGGGACGCUUUGCUCGAGGCUUGGAUGGUCACACAAGCAUCUCUUGGCGGCUCAACUCCGAACCAAAAUGGGCUGGGACACCCGAAGAUGGCUCUAAAUGGAGAGAAGGCUGGUCGAAGAGGGGGAAUGACCGUCUGUUACGAUACGCGGGGUGAAAGUGUUAUAAAAGGAGAAGAGACAGACUUCAUCGCAAUGACACCACUCAAAGCCGGACCAGUACCAGCUCCCAAGUCUUCGGUAUUAUCACAGCUCUCGAAUCUCGUCAUGUCGAUGCCGACAGAUACACUCAAAGAUGUCACCGAAAAAGGCGGCAAACUCUCAAUCCGCCACAGUCUUUUAGAAGCACAUUCACGAGUACGCAUGCUAGGCUCGCAUCGGGACGCACAUAUCUACAUCUUUCCAGCCUGGGUAAUGGACAUGAUCAAUAGCAACAACCACAUGGACAGUAUCGGCGAAGAUGUAAUCGGAUGGUGGGCAAAGGCAGGCUGGCAAGACGGUCUCGGCGAGAAACUCGGACUAGCUGAAGUUUUCAACAGCUCUUCCAGCCCAGCAUCCCACGACGACAAUCUCCUCGACUCCCCAUCGACACAAGACGAGAGUGCUUUCAGCACCUUAAGCAGUACCUGGACAACGAGUGUACAAAAGCCAGCGGACGUAAAACCAAAACUCAUCAUACCGCCUAUCCUCACAUACCAACACCCUACCCCUACAGCCCUGAUCCGCCGCGUCGAUACCGCACCAUUACUGUUAUCCGUAUCUCUGCAACUCGCAAAACUAGAACCCACCGAGACAGGCGGCACAUCCCCACUUACGCACCCCCGCAAAAUCGCUUACCCAGCCGGCAUCGCCUCGCGCACCACCGUAACGCGCCCCGACUGCCUCCUGGCCGAGAACGUGACGGUUGAAGAGCGCUGCUCGCUGAAAGAAUGCGUCGUCGGCGCAGGCUGCCAGAUCAAAGCCGGCGCGAAGCUAACGCGCUGCGUGCUGAUGGAUGGCGUGGUGGUAGGGAAUGGGUGUAAGCUGACGGGGUGUGUGGUGGGGAAGAGGGCGGAGCUAGGAGAGGACUGUACGCUGGUUGAUUGUGAGGUGCAGGAGAACCUGCUGGUGGAGGCGGGGAGUGAGGAGAAGGGGGCGAAGUUGAUGAGUAGUCAGGGCAUGGAGGCUACGGAGGAGGAAUUGGAGGAGGAGUUUGUCUUAGAGGGGUAA